AUCCUAAAUUUGGCGUUAAAAAUCAUAACUCUUCAAAAAUUAGGAGGUUCCAAAGCAAACUCGGAAGGAGAUGGCAUGGGAGGCACAGUCAACGGCGUGUGACGAAACAGGACGUUUUUGAUUUCAGGAAUUUAUAUUCAACUCUUUGCUUACGAAUUAUGCCGGAUCCGCUCCGAUGACAAUUCUUGAUUACAGUAUUCGUUGAUUCAAUCGCAUAAGAGAAACUAGGAACGGAAGCCGGCAAUCGAUCGAUCGGUGAUGGUGAAGGAAACGGAAUACUACGACGUCUUGGGCGUAAGCCCUACUGCCACAGAGGCCGAAAUCAAGAAAGCAUAUUAUAUCAAGGCACGACAAGUUCACCCAGAUAAAAACCCAAAUGAUCCUCUAGCAGCACAAAAUUUUCAGGUACUUGGAGAGGCCUACCAAGUGUUGAGUGACCCAACGCAACGUCAAGCAUAUGAUGCUUGUGGGAAAUCCGGAAUUUCAACCGAAGCGAUUAUCGAUCCUGCAGCAAUUUUUGCAAUGCUUUUUGGUAGUGAGCUUUUUGAGGAUUAUGUAGGACAGCUUGCUAUGGCAUCAAUGGCUUCCCUAGACAUUUUCAAUGAAGGGGAACAAUUUGAUGCUAAAAAGUUGGAGGAGAGAAUGAGGGGUGUUCAGAAGGAAAGAGAAGAAAAGCUAGCAGAAACACUGAAAGAUCGACUGAAUCAAUAUGUUCAAGGAAGCAAAGAGGAAUUUGUUAAUCAUGCUGAAGCUGAAGUAUCAAGGCUCUCUAAUGCAGCUUAUGGUGUUGAUAUGCUGAAUACAAUUGGUUACAUAUAUUCCAGGCAGGCAGCAAAAGAGCUUGGGAAGAAUGCAAUGUACCUAGGUGUCCCAUUUAUAGCUGAGUGGUUUAGGAACAAGGGCCACUUUAUCAAAUCUCAAGUAACAGCAGCAACAGGUGCAAUUGCUUUGAUCCAGUUGCAGGAAGAUAUGAAGAAGCAACUGAGUGCCGAAGGAAACUAUACUGACGAAAAGCUUGAAGAAUACAUGCAAUCCCACAAGAAGUUGAUGAUUGAUUCCUUAUGGAAACUUAACGUAGCUGAUAUUGAAGCCACCCUUUCUCGCGUUUGUCAGAUGGUUCUUCAAGAUAACAAUGCCAAGAAAGAAGAACUUCGUGCGCGAGCAAAGGGGCUGAAAACUCUUGGAAAAAUCUUCCAGAGGACCAAGUCAGCCAACGGUAGUGAGAGUGAACCUGUGGUAAGCAGUGCGGUACACAAACAACUGAAUGGAAGUGAUACAAGCCAUGAUGGCAGUUCUACUAACACAUUGCCAAAAUCUUCAAACUGGGUAGAGUCAUCUCAUUCAUCGAUUGUAUCACAGAGCCCAUAUGUGGAGGCACCCCACUUUGCUGAUCCUCCAUUUGGCUAUAACUUCCCAAUGCCAACAGCGCCACCUGGUGCACAAAGACCUUCUUGAGGUGGAAAAGAUACGUGCGUUUGAUCCAGUCAUAAUAUGUUAUAUAUAUUAAGGUGGCAGUAAGGGAAGCAACUGCAGUUUCUGUUUGUUGAAUGCCUUUGUUGGAGCACUUUCGAGAGAGCUCAUACUGCCCCCGAAACGAGCAGGCAUGGUAUAAUAUAUUUAUGGCAGAUAAUUACCCAUAUGAUGCAUAGUGAAAGAUGGUUGUAGGAGGACAUAACUAUUUCCAUUGACUCAAGCUGGAUGUGAUUGCCUGCCCGUUACUUGAAUACUCCAUUUUCUCGAGAUAGUUCUGCUUCGUUAUGUGUUUUGGUUUCCAGAAUGUACAUUUAGGUCCUAGUUUUUGGUUAGCACGUUCUUCUCUAGGAGAUGUAUUGUAUCAUUUGUAUUAAAGCAAGGAAAAGAAACAAUGACUGUAAUAUAUUUUGUUGUUUGUGCUCUCCAGGAUUUUAUGUUGCUUAAAUCCAUCUUAUUCAAUGUCCUAAAUCUUGUAUUUGUUUCUUUGCCUUUCCACCAAUAAAUAUAAAUCAGCUCG